UGUUCUCCGCCUCACUGCCCCAGGUGAAAGGAGUGGAGUGCAGAAGCAGUGUGUGUAUAAGAGAGGGGUCAUGUCCUGUGUCCUGUCCGCAGUGGACCUACAUGCUGGACGUCCUGAGCUGCUGACCGAAGCCUUCCUCCUCCUUUUCCGCGUCUCUGAAAACACCCAAGCAGCGCAGUGGUUUCUGGAACUAAACGGGGUGGCCCAGGCAGGACGAACACUGAGGGCUUUCCCUGACCACCAGCUCAUUGCCACACACGCCUGCAGGUGCAUCUGGAGGACUUUAGAAGCGCAUGAGCCCCCAGCUGGUGUGUGUGUGUGGGGGAUUGUGGAGGCUGUGUGCAUGGUCGCAGAUGCCCACCCCCAAGACGGAGCGCUGAUGGGGGCCGUGUGCUCCGCCCUGCAGGCCCUCUCCCUCCGAGCGACCUUUGAAGACGAUGACGUUGAGGACGCUACCCUGGUGCUCUUGCGGGCUAUAAAAGAGCACUCAGGCCAGUCCACUCUGGUGCAGCACGCCUUCCUGGCACUGGCCAAUCUCACCCACAUGUCCAAGGUGGCAUGUGUGCGUCUCCUGGUUGCCCCCGGUGGUGGAAGUGGCAUUGUCUUGAUGAGGGAGGUAAGGCGACAGUAUCCCAAGGACCCCCAGCUCAGCCACAACAUGGCCCGAGUUCUGGCAGCCAUGGCUAAGUACGAUGAGGUGUUGGGGGAGCUGAUGUCUGUCCAAGUUCAGGAGGAUCUGGAGCUGAGUGAAGCUGACUGUGCUUCAGACGAGGAAAAGAAGAUGCUGGUCCAGCAGACUCUGUCAAAGCUGAGGUAGAUGGAGAACACUUCCUCGUCAUGACAUCAUCGUGCUGUGGAUGGAUGACAGGAGAAUACAGAGUUAAAAAUAACAGAUGGCACUUUGUGAAUUUAGUACAUUUUUUACUGUGUCUAAGGGGUAUGAACUAUUUGCACGUAUUUUUCCCAUAAACACUGUUUUCUUUAUACAUUGGUAUGUUUUUAUUAACUUGUUUGUACAUUUUAUCGCUGUUUCUUAAAA